AGAGUUUCGUAAGAUGGUGUUAUUUUUUUAAAAACGUAUGUGAUGUAAAUACGGGAUCAAUUUAUGUUGCAAGUCAAUGUAUCGUUCGACGAGUUUCAGUGAACUAUGCAAAAGCAUUUGAUGUGAAAGUGUUUGAAGAAUAUGUAAAUAUAUAAAAGAUCGAAUUUGUAACGACGGGAAAUUUAUCGUGGGCGAGAAACACUACUCGAGCUUUCAGUGGAAAUUUUUCACAUCGGUGUGAACAGACGCGUAAAACACUAAAAUUGUUAUAAUAUCGUGAAUCCAUUUCCGAAUAUAUAAUUACGUUUCCAAAAACGUGGAAAUUAAUUUUGUGAAAAGUGUCUGCAUAUUUCUGGCAGUUGAAAAUUGAUUGAAAUCUGAAAUCACUUGGUAAUCUGUUAGGAUUAAUAGUUUUAGAGCUACAGCGAGAGAGCCGAAUUGAUAUUUAAUUAAAUUCGUGGGUUGUGUCUUUAAUUGUGGAAUGUUUUCCAUAGAAUUGUAAUUCUACGUUACACCGAUGUAAUCAACGAGAGUGCUAUAUCGCGUAUUGAUCUGAAAUAUUCACUUAAACGGAACAGUGUACUUUUUCGAGCAUCGCAUACGAAAAUUAUAAUUUUCUCAAGUACGCGUAUAUUUUUAGACAACAUGGUUUUACACGUUUGAGUGCGACAUCAAUUGCGUGGCGAAUAUUCUGUCCAUUCUUCUACAGAAUCUGAUGGUAGUUUUCAAAUACUUCUUUCAUCAUAGACAUAUGACUACCGUGUAUACUUUGUACACAGCGAUCGAAUUCGACUGGAAAUUCUUAAAAAACGAUAAACCGAGCAUCGAAAUUCUUCGGAAAUAUGCAAAAUUGGUGCAUAUUGUAUUGAUAUUGCUGAUGAGUAUGAAAUUCCUACCGAAACAAAAAUAUUCAUUUCUGUUAUCAAUUUUGCGGUGUAAAAAUAUGUAUGAAUUUUAGUGUCCAUAUGUUCCACUGUCAUUGUCAUGGUUUUCAUACAUCGGACACUGCCUGUUCUUCAAAUACCAGAAGAAAAUUAUACUAGAUUCUGGCAACGACCGUUUGCUUUGAAAGCAUUAGGAAAAACUAUAAGUUAUCCUACUUUCUAUCUGAUCUCCUUCAAUUUAUGGCUUAAUAAUAUAAUCUUGACAGCUUUGGAAAUAACUUUUAUGCUUUUGUCAGAACACAUAUGUGGAUUGUUUAAAAUUGCAAGCUAUCACUUGAGGUACGCUGCCAACGAAUAUAUUAAGGAAAUUUCUGGAUGCGAGAAAAAUAGUGACGUUUACACGAAGAUAAUAUUCGCCGUGCGUGUUCACAUAAAAGCGACGAAAUAUGUACAGAUCAUAUGGGACAUUUUUGAAACACAUUACACCAUUCUAGUAUUUUUUGGUAUCUGUGGAGGAACCAUGGUGUUUGUGAGCAUACAAUACUCGUUGGUACAAAAUCCCCGUGAAAGCUCAAAAAUUGUAUUUAAUGGUACUCACACGAAGUGUAAAGGCCUGCUCGUAUUCCAAGGGCAAAUUAUUUAUUUCGUCGUUACAGGGUCUAACCGCGGUAACACGAUUUACUUCUGUCACAGUAUAGUCCAAUCAAUGGAGCUAUUCGAAUGAAUUUGAUCUGAUCUAACGAGAAUUUCUGCAUAAAUCGCUGUCAAAUAUCAUGGAAAAUCAGUAGUUGCGCCUCCUGAAAAUUUUCUGCUAAGUUCGAUGGAAGUUCGCCGUAGCAAACAUGACCACUUUCUCGAUACGUUUCUUAAAAUAUGUCUUCUAGAUACGCGUUUUUAUCGUCUCUAUUUGUUCGUUUUUAAACGCUGUUUGAGACAGAAUUUGUUG